AUGUCGGAGGGAGGCAAGGAGAUGGCCUCUCUGCCGGUCCCCGACGAGCUCGUGGCGGAGAUCUUCCUCCGGCUGCCCACCCCAGCCGACCUCGUACGCGUCGCCGCCUCCUGUGUCUCCUUCCGCCGCGUCGCCGUGCACCGCUCCUUCGUUCGCCGGUUCCGCAAGCUCCACGCCCCGCCCCUCCUCGGCUUACUAGACGGGGCCCGGACCUUCCACCCCGCCGUCCCGCCUCACACCUCCGCGCCAGCAGCAAACGCUGCCGCACUCGUCGCCGACUUCUCCUUCCUCCCCGCCACAGCCCGCGCCUGGGCCGUCCAGGACAGCCGCGACGGCCGGGUACUCCUCCACGGCGCCGAGACCACAGAGAUGCUGGUCUGUGACCCCCUGCAUCGGCGAUACCUCUUGCUGCCCCCAAUCCCCGAUGACCUAGCCGCUUCUGUGGAGGACCCGUUCCCUCUACCACCCCAACCCUGGCGCCAGAUCUUCCUCGCCGAUCCAGGCGAGGAUGAGCCUGCCGACGAGACGUCCUUCAGAGUGAUCUCGAUGGUGCAUAGCAAAACUAAGCUGUUCGCCUUUGUCUUCUCUUCCUGCUCCGGACAAUGGCGAGUCCUUCCCUCCCAGCGCUGGGACAAUUUGAUUGCAGGCUUCCUACCAUCAGCAGACACUCUCGUCGGCUUUCGCGAAUACUCCUAUCGCUGCUUUUACUGGCGGAUAGAUUGUGAUGCGGAGAAGAAUAUGCUGGUGCUCGACACUCGGAGGAUGGAGUUCUCCAUUACUGAAUCCCCACCCGAAGCCAAUUGUUCUUAUGGUUGCAUGGUGGAGGCAGGGGAAAACAGGCCUGGGAUGUUUGUGAUUACAGCUGGUGUCCUCAGCUAUAGCAUUAGGCAAAAUUAUAGUGGGAGUUCAAGCGAGUGGCAGAAGGAGAAAACAAUCUCACUAGGUUCUGGGCACUUCCUCAUGGGUUCAAAUGAGAGGUACUUGCUCCUGUAUAAGUUGCGACCCUCAUGCACCGGGUCAGACUUUUACACACUAGAUGUCAAAACAUUCCAGCUUGAGAAGAUGUGCAGCGCUUCAGCGUAUAGGCCCCCUAAGCUGUGCACAUAUAGCAACUUCCCACCAUCAUUGCUGUCGUUACCGGCAAUAUCAAGUGGUGUUGAGAAAGAGGCUGAGGAGUGCUGGUAAAAGGCUGUGCUGCAAGCUCAAGCGGAUAGUCACCAUGAUCAGAAUACCGUUUGGACGGAUGAUGGAUGUCAUGUAUUGAUGUUGGAUGUUGGAGGUCAUGUAUUGUGACGCAACUUGACAGCUGACCACUAGGUUGGUGUGCUUUUGCCUUUGUUUUGCAUGUAGUUUUUCCCGAAGGAUACAUCGGAAACCUGGAGUGUUCUUCUUGUGUGACUUGAACUGACAAUAACUGUUGCGUUUGUCAUGAUAAGGCGAGGGCAUUAAUGUCGUGUAGUUUCUAGUAAUCAUUAGCUUAACUAAGACUCUGGGAGAAGUCAAAAUAAGUGUCAUCUUGUUGUAUGUAUCUACAACUCCAAAGUUUGUGUGUCACUGAAGAUGUUUGUUUUUGUUUU